GCUGGAAAGGGCACUGAACACUAACGGAGCUGUGGGUGUCCCUGUUCAUGUGCCAAAGAGCAACAGUUCUUGGCUCUCAGGAGCUGGUCCUCCCCGCACUGCUGCAGUGGGGUGUGUGGGCUGUGUCACAGCAGGGCUGUCAUUCUGGGAUGCUGUUAUUUCCUGACCCCUCAGCACAUGAGAUGCUGGCUUUUAACAGGACCAAAUCCAGCUCCCUGACCUUCACCCUCACUGGGAUUCCUGGUGUGCUGCUGAGCAGCCAUUGGAUGGCAUUGCUUCUUUGCUGCCUCUCCCUCCUCACGCUCCUGGGGAACGGCACCUUACUUCACAUGAUAAAGACUGAUAAAGACAGCCUCCAUGCUCCCAUGCACUAUUUCCUCUCCAUGCUGACUGUGACUGGACUUGCUCUCUCCACCCUGCCCACCAUGUUGGCCAUUUUCUGGUCUAACUCCCUGAGCAUCCUUCUGUCCUACGCCAUAAUCAUCAGGGCCAUCCUAAGCAUCGUCUCCUGGGAGGCACGAGCUAAAUCCUUCAGCACGUGCAUCUCCCAGCUCAGUGCCAUCCCGGUGUUCUGCAUCGUGCUCAUCACCCUGUUUGUCACUUACAGAUCCAGAAGACACCUGCUGCCCCUGAUCCCAUGCUCAUGGCUGAUUCCCGAAUCCUAGUGCUGAACUUGCUGGUGCACAUCUGGAGGAGCAUCAGGUCCUCAUCCUGCUCAGCCAGAGGGAAGUCCAGCAGCACAUCCAGUGCUGGGGAGGGCUCCUUCCUUCCUCUGCAGAUGGGUUUCUCACA